AUGCUGGGAAAAUUUUGGUUAGCAUCUCUUCAUUAUCUGCAUCGAUUUACUACUUGUAGUAUCUACGCUUCACCAACAAGUCGUAUCUAUGAGGAGGUGGCCCCAGUGUCGACAGUGGUGACUACUGGCCUGGCGGAAAGAACACCUACCACUGCACAACCCUCUCAUCGGCUUGGUGACUCAACUAUUGCUCGUUCCGCCUCAACUACUACGUUAACAAGCGUUGAGACUGAAGCAGAGCCGACCUAUGCCGUUCCUCUGCCUACUACCACCGUCUUCACUGGUCCUCCACAGCCACCUGUGCCGCCUCCAGUGCCCCCCAAGAGUACCCUAAGCAUUGCCCUGAUGGAGUUGGGAGAUCACCCAGCCGGUUCUACACCUCCAGCUCUCAGUGCAUCACCUCAGCCUCCGGUGUUUGUUGAGAGGACUCUACAUCACCGACGAGCUACAAGCGCCUUACGGGUCUCCUAUCAACGCUCACCACGUUUCGACGAUUCUCUCCGCAGUCGUCGUCCAGCCUCUACGGUUUCUCCAUCUGGUUCGACUACCACCACGGUGGCAAGUAGUAGCAGUAGCAGUUGGUAUGCCGACAUUCUACCCUACAAACCUUCGACCCUUCCUGAGACCCUGGCUGAUCGUUUGAAACAGCGCAACAGUUUCAUUCUCUCCACUCCGGCUCCGCCCUGCGAAGAUCUCAUGACUCGAUCGCUCUUUGAGCCGCGUCAACCUUUAGAGAGCAGCACUCGACUUUUACCAAGUCGUUCUGCGUCCCGUACUCGACCUGUCUCCUUUCACGAUGCUCCCUCAACCUCAAUCAAUCUCCCCUCCCUGGAUCAUCUGUUAAAACCAUCAGAGAGCAGGAGGACACUACCACAGCCUUCUGAAGCUCUUUCAUCGUUGAAGGGGGGACUGAUAUUGCAUGACCCGCUCCCGAUCCAGCCAUCGGAUUCCCCCUUAUUGGGACAGUACUGUCGAUUAAAGUUGGUCAUACCUCCUUCUUCCUUUUCCACUUCAUCCGAUUCUACAACGGGUGGAGGUAGAGCAGACGGCUGUUCGACAUUUAUGUGA